AUACAAAGCGUAUAUAUAUAUACAAUAUAUUAUAUAUAUUGUGUAGUUCAUAGAUGAGGAAUUUGUCUAUGGUCAGAGACAAGCUGUCUCUGUCUAUGGUAUAGGUUAUGUUGAUUUUAACCGUUGAAAAAGUGUUUAGAUUUUGUUUAUGCGCAUCACGUGUUGGUUGCUAUUUUUGUUUGAAAUAAGUUUGUUUUAACAGUGUGAAAAAAAUGAGUGGAACCAGUGACUAUUUUAAUAAAUUAUUGUUGGAACAUCCUGAUGUUGCUUCCAGAUACAAGCAAAAAAUAAUGUGCAUCAACAAUAUCGAUCCGUUUUCGUUAGAUCCUAGCACUUUCAGUACGAAUCCUGAAAAUUUUCCACCGAUAAAUAAUUUGGAUAUUGUUAGUUACUUAGUGUUAACUACAAGCUUUUAUACGCGACUUCAAAUGAAGGCUUACAAAAGCUUAAAUGCUUACAAUUAUUUUAAGUCUGGAUUCGUCCAAAGCAUUGGUGCAAUAAAAAUUGCUGAGUUUCACGUGAUUGUUGGCAGUGUGAAACAUUCGCAACGCAUGACGGAAGCUCCAUUGAAGGCUUGGAUCAUAUCUUCUUCUGAUGGAAGCAUAGAAUGUGCACACUGCACAUGCAUGGCUGGGACUGGUGAAGCCUGUAGCCACAUCGGUGCUCUACUGUUUGCAGUAGAAUAUGUAAAUGUGUGCCGAUCUACAACUUCCUGCACAGAUGUAAGGGCACUUUGGAAGGUUCCAACUGUGCAAGAAAUCAGGGCUGAAAAAGUUAAGGAGAUAAACUUUGGACGAAUAAGGGCCUACCAUUCUGUAAAUGUUGGGGAGGUGCCUGCAGUCACAAAAGAUGAACUCAUAACACUUGUGGAUGAAAUUCGCAAGGCUGGAGGUUCAACAGUUUUGGAAAGAGUUCUUGAACCCUUUGCGUCAACCUUUCCACAAGAAGAUUUGUUAGUAAAUUACUACAAAACUCUCUACUCUGAAAAUUAUGAAACCUUGAAUAAGGAACAAUUAAUGGAAUUAGCGAACAAUAUUUUCAUUGUUAUUUCAUCUGAAGAAUGUAAUGCAAUUUUAGAAAAAACAAAGGGCCAGAAGGAGCAAAAGGAAUGGUGGAAUCAGAGAGCAGGCCGCAUAACUGCUUCAAAAUUGAAACUAGUCUGUAGAACAUCAGUUGACAAACCAUCCCUAUCCCUGAUAAAACAAAUCUGCUAUCCUCUUCAGUCUAGAUUUAAAUCUAAAUAUACAGAAUGGGGAAUAAGACAUGAGGAAGAUGCUCUUGCUGAAUACUGCAAUUAUCAAGGCCUUUCUCAUGAGGGAUUUCGUGUAGAAAGAGUGGGUUUAUUCAUUUCCCCCGAGCUUUCACAGUUUGCUGCCUCGCCAGAUGCCCUUGCGCAUUGCAAUUGUUGUGGGACUGUAAGUGUGGAGAUAAAAUGCCCAUAUCUGUUGAAAAAUUCAACAAUUGAGGAUUUUUCUAAGCAAAAAUCCAAAUUUUUGGUUCAAGAACUAAAUAACAUUUAUUUAGAUCAGAGCCAUUUGUACUAUUAUCAAGUACAGCAACAAAUGGCUCUGACAAAAACAAUGUACAAUGAUUUUGUUGUGUGGAGUCCGUCUGAGUUCUUUGUACAGAGAAUACCCUUUGAUGAAGAUUUCUGGCAUGUACAUAGAGAAAAGGCUCUAGAAUUUCACCAAAGAGUAAUAAUGCCUGAACUCUUGGCCAAAUUUUUUACAAAAUGCACUCCUGCUCUUCCUGUGUGGUGCAUUUGUCAAGAACCAGAUGAUGGGAGACCAAUGAUUGAAUGUGCAAAUGAAAAUUGUGAUAUCAAAUGGUUUCAUAUGACAUGUGUUGGUCUCACUGUAGUGCCAGAAUAUUUUUCAUGUCAUACCUGUAUAGUACAACAGUCUCUGUGAUAUACUUCAUGAAAAUGUUCAGUUCAGUUUCAGCGGCCUAGGCUGCCUUGUAUCAUAUAAUAUGUAAUAAUAAUAAAAAUAUUUCACUUCCAAAACUUUUAUUUUCAAUUACAAACUACCUAAGGACUCAAAGCUUAAAGGGGCUGACUAAAACGGUUCGCUAUUAGCAAAGUUAGCAAAAAAGGAUAACAGCUAUCAGGAAUUAAUUAUUAAUUUUAUUAAGAAUAAUUAAUUAAGGAUAAAUUAGCAAAGUAAGCAAUAAAAGAUAACAACUA